GUAAACAGAAACCACGUGACAGGAAUCGCUGGUUGUCAGGAGUUUUGCAGCAGCGCCACGAAUGACGGCUAAGUCGGAGGAAGUUGCUUGGAGCAGCUGUGCUAGCAUGUAACCUUUCACGAGUGAGCAGGAGCGUCGCUACAACCGAGAGGAAGGCAGCAGCAUUCAUGGAUAUUGUGGACCCCUUAAGCCAUUUAAUACCCAGUGAUCAGUUGGAUGAGUCCCUGGUAAUUGGUCAGAACUUGGAAUCUGAGGCCAGUAAUGAGUUUCGACCGGGACACAAACCUGAAGACUCUCUAAAGAACAUGCUGAGUGACAAAGAUCCCAUGUUUGGAUGUGCAAACACUCAGUUCAAUCUGCUGGACCAUGAGGAUCCCGCUUUUCAGAUUGCUGAUUCGGCAGGUCCAGACAGCGGUUCCACGUCUAAAGACACCACAAGUGAGCUAAAUCUUGCAGAAACCUCAUUUGAAGUUAAAUUCCUUAGCACAAAGAUAGAUCUAGUCAGCUUAGAUCAGAACUGCAGAAGUGGCCCCAAGCGUAGGAUGCCCACAAACUCCUUAAUUCGAGGAAAACCAGGAAGAAAACCAGUCAACAGGCUACGCAACUCCUUCCUUAUCGAGAAAGGAGUUAAAGGGCCCAAGCUUAAGAAGGAACUGACUUCAGGAGGUCGCAUUAAUAUUCAUGAUCUCGAUGGUGGAUCGUGGUUGAGUCCAGCAGUUGUGUUGAGGCGACUAACAGUUACAAUUGGAGGAUUUAAGAUUGAAUUGCUUCCAGGACCUUCUUACAUGCAAAGUGGCGAUAUAAGCCAGUUGGCAGGCUUGGAUGAGACCAUGUAUCAGUCUGAUAUUGGUUUGGCCAUGCUUCCAGACGCUGUGAUCAGCGGACAAAACCCUAUAUCAGAAAGCAUAGUAGAGAUGGAUCCUCAAAAGAGUGAUGCUGAUGAGGUCGCUCUUGGGCUGGGCCCAUACGUGAACCCUAACGACGUGCAGACAUCCAACGGGACCUGUGUGGAGAACCCAUCCAUGCCAGAGAGAAAACAUGAAGAUCCGAGUGGUACAGGAAAGCAAAAGCCAGGCGAUGUCAAACACCCACACCGCAGUCACAAUAACACAGCUGCUGUUUGUAAAAAGACUGAGGACAAAGAAAAGCGGCACACUGUAGUCAAAACAACCCCCAAAGCUAAGCCAGGGCCUGCAUCUAGUAAGAACAAGGACUUAGUUCCAUGUAAAACAAGCAUCGCAAUGAAGGACCAUAAAGUGACUGAAUUAAAGCCAUCCAAAAGUAUAGAAAGAGCAGACCUGCACAAACUGAAAUCCCCCAAGGAUAAAAUGGUGGUUUCAUCUUUGAAAAGACCUUCAGAGGUCUCUCAAAGCGAGCACACUGCCAAAGUGCAGAAGGUCCAUGGCUCCAGUGAAGUUAAAACGGAGCCAAAAUCUCCAGUUUCUCCAACAAAGAAGAUCCACAUGCCCGGCAGCCGUGCUGGGGAUCACCAGGGAUCAACCAAGUCAAAUGCGCCUCACCAUGUGUGCAAAGUUGAACCGUCUCACCAAACGCACAACCAUCCUGGCAAUUCUUUAAAACCCCCUCAGGAGGCAGGCAGUGACAAUUUUAAACUGAAAAAGCUAGAAAAGAUUCUUCAGAGGCAGAAAAGUAGAAAUUCAAGAAGCAUCUCGGUGGAGGAACCCCAGCUUUUCGUUCCAGACAAUGCUCCUGCUGUGAAGAAGGAAGCCGCUGAAGAGCAACCGGUGACGAGUGAGAGUGUCUGGGAUGGAAACAACUGUUGUGGUCUGUGCAAAAAACACCACAAUAACAUGUUUAUGGUUGGUUGUGGUCGCUGUGACGACUGGUUCCACGGCGACUGCGUUGGUCUCGACUUGGCCAAAGUACGGGAGAUGGAGGAGGAGGACCAGAUGUAUGUGUGCUUGAAAUGCUGCGAGGAGGAAAGCAAGAAGGUGGAGCCUGAACCCCAGACAGCUGCCAAGUCCGAGACUCAAGAAAAGACUCAGGUACACGAUCACAAGCUGCCUCCUAGAGCCCACCCAGGAUCCUCCCAGACUCCUCCACCAGGGGGGGUCAAACCAGUAAGAAAUCUAACUCAUCCUCUGAUAUUAUUCAUAGCCAGUGUUACCAACCUUACAACGGAUUCAGAAAGAAGACAUUCCACUGGAGCCAGAGAGGUCACUCACAAAACAGGUGCUCACCAAAAACAUGAGACCAAAAACAAGCCUACAGCUUUGGCUUCAAAAAAACCAGUGUCUGUCGAUGCAAUUCGGCGAAGUGUCCGAGAUUCCCUCAAAGAAAUCCUCACACAAAGGUUAAAAGAGUCAGAUUUACACAUUUCAGUGGAGAGAGCCUCUGAGGUUGCCAAGAAGACAGAGAAGGAGCUCUUUCAUCUCUUUAAAGACACUGAUCACAAAUACAAAAACAAGUACAGAAGUUUAAUUUUUAACCUCAAAGAUACAAAAAAUAACGUCCUCUUCAAAAGGGUUCUAAAAGGAGAAAUCUCUCCUGCUAAUUUAAUCCGCAUGAGUCCUGAGGAGCUGGCCUCAAAGGAGUUAGCUGCCUGGCGACAAAGAGAAAACAGACAUACAAUUGAGAUGAUUGAAAAAGAGCAGAGGGAGGUAGAGAGGCGACCCAUCACUAAAAUCACCCACAAAGGUGAAAUUGAAAUUGAGAGCCAGGAACCACUGAAAGUAACGGAGCCGGUCGAGAUUGAGCUUCCUCCUGUUGUGACUGAAGUCCCAGCAGAAACCCCCAAAAGUCCAGAGAAAAAGGCAGAACUCAUAAAGAAAGAGAAGGACACUACAAGUCAACACAAGUCUCACCUUUUUGAUCUGCACUGCAAAAUCUGCACAGGUCGCAUGGCCCCCCCAGCAGAAGAGGGACCAAGCAAAGCAGCCAAAGUAGCGACCACUGUGGUUCGGAGGCAGUCAACCAAAACUGAGGAGGCACAGGUUGCAAACCCCCCAGCAAUCGACGAUGACCUACACCUCACUGUUUUAGAGGAGAGCUUCCGAAAUGCCAAGUCAGGGCUUGAUGUUAGAUCGGAUCAUGCAAGUGGACGGGAUGAAGAGGCUGCUUUUCUGUCCAACCUGAAGCCGCUGUGGCGAGGAUUCAUUCAUAUGCACUCAGUGGCUAAACUUGUGACAAGAGCUUUUCCAGUUUCUGGAGCUUUGGACAAUUUAACAGAGGAUCUUCCCGACAGCAUCCAGGUUGGAGGAAGGAUAAGUCCUCAGACAGUUUGGGACUACUUGGAGAAGAUUCGGGCAACUGGGACAAAAGAAGUCUGUCUGGUUCGCUUCACCCCUGAGACGGAGGAAGAUGAGAUCUCUUACACCCUCCUUUAUGCCUACUUCAGUAGUCGCAAGCGUUUUGGAGUAGUGUCCAAUAACCUGAAACAAGUAAAGGACAUGUACCUCAUUCCUUUGGGCUCUGUAGAGAAAGUUCCUCAUCAGCUUGUUCCCUUUGAUGGACCAGGUUUGGAGAACAACCGCAGUAAUCUUCUGCUUGGACUCCUAAUUCGCCAAAGGCCAAAAAGGGAGUUUCUUCCAGUGGAUGUGAAUGAAUCUGUAAAGAUUGUUCCUGAAACUAAACCCAUCACUGUUCCGUCAAAAUCUACCAGAGAAACAGAGGAGGAAGAGAAACACUUCCUGUCCUCCUUAAUGCCUACCAACAAGAAAGAUGUGGACAAACCGCUCGACACCGCUGAAGAAGAGUCGGUCGCCGAGUCUUUUGAAGAAUCAUCUGGAGCAGAGGAGCCUGGUAGUCAGGAACCACUAAAACCACUUCGCUUUCUCCCAGGUGUGUUGGUGGGCUGGGGUGGAGAGUUACCACCUCUGCCAGACUUUAGUGAUAAACCAAUGACAGCAGGAGAUGAGGCGGUGAAGAUUAAGCCUCCUUCUAAAUCAAACGCCGUUACUGAUAACGCCAAGGGUCCAACAGCUGCUGCUCCUCGCUUCGUCAUCAAGAAGAAAGAAGCAAAACCUAAUAAAACGGAAGCUGAAGUGAAAGUUUCUGCUCCAAACAACUCCUCAAAAAAGGAUAGUGCAGUAACGGUCCAUCACGCAUCAGUCACACUGAAAGAUAAACCCCCAGAUGUGUCAACUGAAGCAUUCCUGGCAGGCUUGUCUGCGGCUGCAAGUGUUACUAAGAGUGGCAGUGCUGUCUCCACAAACAGUGAUGCUAGCCUUUUGUCUGAAAGUGAAAAACCCACUGAAGGAAAUUCAUCCUCGCAAUCCCAGGCAGCUUUAGAUCACACAAAUAGCUCAAAGCCUCCUUUAAGUGGAAUACUGAAAAAAUCUGCAUAUUCCUCUGUGCAGGAAGACAAAACAAUGGUGCUACACAAAGAUAAAGCCAGCCUCCCGAAUCCGUCAAGUCCUAAAGCGGUUCCUGUGAGCAGCAUUAGAAGUGAACCAGUGUUGCCUUUUCAUCAAGGAUAUUUGCAGCUCUCCCAGGCAAGAACAAAAGACCAAAACCAGACUGCUUUGCCAUCGUUUCUCACUAAAAAGAACAAUCCUGGAACAGGCCAGCCCGCCGCCGCAGAAAAGCAAACACUGCAUUCUGCUACAGCUCAAGCAGAGGGCAGCACGGAAGCUUCUGGACCCCAAAAUGAACAGGGCGACUCAGGACCUUUGCAGGAGCAGCUUCACGGAAGCAGUGAGGCCUCAGAUGUUCUACCAUCUGACACCAGCUCCACCCCGCAAACAGACGACCAGCAGUCCCAAAACCAAGACAGUCAGUCGGAGCUUUCUGGUCAAAGCUCGCCUCCGGCCAAAGACCACAAACACCCACACGAACAAUACAGCGACCCGUGGGAGAGGCCGCGCAACUCUGACGAUAGAGAUCACUACGGGAGGCACGGCCACAACAGAGAGCCCCACCACGGCAAAAAAAGCCGGCACCACGACAGAGAGAAGAAGCACGACUACAGCCACGAAGACAAGUACAGGGACCGGAGCAGGCAUCACGGACACUCGGACGACCGGCGCGGCGAGAGGAGGAAAGAGAGAUACCACGGUGAAGAUCACAGCAGCCGUCACAAGGACAGACACCACCACAGGCGGGAAUCCGAGUAUGAGAACAGCCGAAGAAGUUACUCCUAAUACCUUUUUCUGUUGGUGACUUUGCUGGCACACUUUGAUCAAGACGGCUGUUUUAUCUGUAUACAUUUGUAUGCAUCGCCAUUGAACUUCCACCUUUGUGUAUGAACUGUGCAGCUGAACUUCAAGUGGAGAUUAGAUUAUUAACAUAAACCAUUUUUUUUAUUCAGACCAAGAGGAAAUCUCAAAAAUGAAGCCGUUUCAUUUAAUCUUUUUAUUGUAAAUAGUUUUACACAGAGCUGCUGGAUUGAGGACAUUUCUAAGCCACCAGAAAAAAGCAAAGGUGUAUUUUAGCGUAUGACUGAGAAAAAGCUUCAACUUGUGGCCUGAAUGUACUGAACCUAUUUAAGAAAAACAUUCAAACAGCAGCCGAUUUUUCUUCUCAAUUUAACUUCUUUUAAUAUUUUAUAUGCUUACUUUCCCUUGAAUGUACAUUUUGACCUGUAAUAUACAUUAGAGAUAAAGUGUGCCUUUGCACUUUGUGUUUAUGUACAUUUGGUAAUAAAACUAAUCCUUUUUUUUA